GUAAGUAAGGUUAUGUUAAGUGGUUCUUCUCCAGAAAUAUAUAAUAUAUUAUAGAUGUUCUUCGCAAAAUAUAUUUAAAUAAAAUUACGAUAUAAGGUAUAUAAGGAAUCGAAAUAUCUAUUAAUAUAUUUAAGAAGGUUAUGGUGGCAAAGAUGUCUGAAAUAUCAACAAACAUAUGUAGACUUUGUUUGCAAACUAUUCAGGAUUUGAAAGUUGUUAAUGAUUCAGAAAUAGAUAUCAUUCAAAUAGUUUUGCCUCAAAUAGAUUUGAACUGUACUGAUAAUCAUGUGAUAUGUGAAGACUGUACAGAGUUACUUCAACAAUCAUUUGCAUUUAAGUCGAAAUGUCUGGAAAUUGAGGAUAGUAUUCACGAUUUCACAAAUGAUAACAAGGAUCAAGUCAAUUUGGAAAAAGUAUUAGGUAUCGAUGAAGAUGAUUCGAAAAAAAUCUGCAGGACUUGUUUGGGUUAUUUAGAAAGUAAUGCCUUUACGAAACUUGACAGGGCAAAUGAGUUGAAAUUAAUAAUGGAACAGUGUCUACCAGAAAUGGAUGUUGAAUUGACACUAAACCCAGUUAUCUGCCAACUUUGCGAAGAGUUAUUGAAGCAAAUGUAUAAUUUUGUAACAUUAUGUAUCCAAAAUGAUGAAAAAAUAAAUCAGUUAUAUUUUAAACAAAAUGGUAAUCUGAAUUUGGGUAAUACAGUCCAAUAUGAACUGAAUAAAGAUAUUCCACCUAAUAUGGAACCAAACCCUGCAUGUAGUGAAACUAAUAUAAAGGAAAAUUCCGGUACAACUAUUGAAGACUGUGUUUUGGUACCUGAAGUACAAAAUAUGCAUUUAGCGUCCAGUAGCAAUGGACACGAUGAAAUUUAUAUUAUCUCUGACACUGAAGAAGAUACUAAUAGCACGGAAACUACAAUUGAUAUUAAACGAGGUAAGAAAAGAUGUGCAUCAAAGGAAGUAGACACUGAUGCUUCAACAAAUAUAUCAGAAGACGAAUGGCUGUCUCCCUAUAAAAGGAAAAGAUCACGAAAAACAAAAGUUAAUGUAGACCCUAAACAAAUGAUAUUCUGCAAAUACUGCUAUUACAGGGCAGUAAGUGAAAUUGCUGUUAGAAAGCAUAUACCGUCUUGUCCAAGGAAUCCAUUAUUAAAGGGAAGUUUAUUGGCUAAUAACUUGGUAUCAGCUAAAGGAAAAAGCAAAAGAAAACCAAGGAGAAACACAAAACCAAAGAAGAAAAAUAUCACUAAAUAUAAUGUAACAAUAGUAAACAUCAUUACAAAUAACACGACAAAGACUGCAGAAAAAACAGGCCAGUUAACUGAUAUACCAAGGAUCAUGGACGAAAUUGGCAGUAAAACAGUUACCAUUGAUGAUUCCUUAACAGUGGAGACAGAAAUUGUCUUAAACGAGUUCCCCCUUACAGAAAAAGAAGGAAUUCUUGCUAUACCAAAGAGCGCACCUGACACUUACAGUCCCCUAGAAGGGACAAAAAUAGACUAUUCGACAAUGAAAAGCGAGGUGAUCAACAGCAAAGAAAAAGAGAAAGAGAUCGAGCUGGCAAUCAAGAGGAACAAGAAGAAACUUUUCUCCCAACUGGAGAUCCUGACGUGUAAUUACUGCUGUUUUAACUCGAGAUCCAACCUUAAGAUGGCGCUGCAUUGUUCGUCGCAUUCAACCAGUAGCAAAAAUACAGUAAAUUACACCAAGGGUUAUAAAGCUGCAUUCUAUUGUGUAAACUGUACGAAUAUGUUCAGGACGGCACAGUGUUUGCACAACCACAUCAGUUCGUGUCCGCCGGUAUCUGACAAUGAAGUGUUUCUAUUUAAGGUCGGUAAAGUGAUGCACUGUGCAAAGUGUUACUUCGAUUCGGACGAUACAAAGCUUGUCAUAGAGCAUUUACUGAGAUGUGGCAAUAUGAAUGAGGAACGGUGAAAUUUGUGAUAUGAUUCAUUGCCAUAAAUCGAAUUAAGUAUUAUUUUUAUGUAAUAGGUUGGAUUUGAGGUAGCUAUUUAAACGUAUCAUGUCGAAUUACGUGGAUUUAAAGUGUUUAAGUUGAAAUUAAAGAAACUAUUUUUGAGCAUAACCACAAAACCAAUUAUCUUCAAAUUUUUGUUUUGAAAUAAAAAGUUACGCCACUGGCCUUAACCUAGACAGAAAUAUUUGAAAAUAUUUCAUAAUUUGUGGUAUUUUUCCAUCUUUUUACUAGCACUAUUGUACUUCAUCGUCAUUGUUGAACCGAAAACAGAAAGAUGUGAAUCUUUUUAGGUGCUUUGUAGAGAAUAAAUAGCCAUUGUUUUAUAUGGACGUCAUAUUGUAUUUUGAUAUAUUUGAAUUCAUUUCAUAUUUUUGGUCAUGAUGAAAUUUUACCUGUUACGAUUUGGGUAUCGGUCUUCAACAUCACUGCUUGUAUAUCUAUGCCUGUGCAGUACAUUAGGGAGAUGGGUGGGAGGUCUCUCUUGCGUUGCAGUGAUGUCAGUACAACCGUGUGUGCGCCUCUAGUUCUGUGGAGUGUUGUAGUAGGUGUGGCUUCAGAUACAUCUCCCGCACCACUGCAAUAUUUUUUUAAUUUCAACUUAAACAUCGUACUCGCAAGAGAAGGAACUUUUGACGAAGGUAUAUUUGGCCUCAAGAUUAUCCAAGAAUUUGUGGUCCUUCAUGUAAAUACCCUGUAUUAAGGAAAAGUUGCAUGAAAAAACAGAAGUUCCAAACUAAAAAUUAAACAGCUGCUUCAAAUUAUUAUUUAUACAUUGUAGGCAGUCUUGUCAGAUUUUAAUCUUUUAUUUAGUCAUUGUGGUUAAUUUUUAUUUAUAUGCAGCAAUUUUUUUAAUUUGUUUUCUUGUUAAGUUUAACAAAGCCUCUGAUAUUUACUUUUUACAGAAUUCGUAAGGUCACUUUUACUCAUUUUGUUCCGU